AUGGAUUCUUCAAGUGGUUAUUUACCAUUACCAUUGAAUCAUUAUGUUGGCGUCAAGUUUAGGCCUACCGACCAACAACUUCUUCAUUAUCUUCAUUGUAAGAUUUAUGGUCAGCCUUAUUUUCAAGGAGCUGUUUUCGACUUUGAUCUUUAUGGUGGAGUCGAGCCAUGGGAAAUCUGGCAAAGUUUCGGAGGAAUUGAUGGUGAAGAUCUUUACUUCUUCACUAAGCUCAAGAGGUCGACAACUAACUCUGGAAAUUUGUCUACUCACAUUAACCGCAAGAUUGGACUCGUCAAUGGUACUUGGAGUGGUGAGAAUUCAGCUAGUCCAAUUUAUGUUAACAAAGAUCAUGAACAAAUAAUUGGUUAUCGCAAGCGCUUUAGGUAUGAGAAUGAGUCGUUGGAAGAACACCAUGGUGAAUGGAUAAUGCAUGAAUAUAGCUUGCAUCCAGAUUAUUUGAGGUGUGAAGGUGUGGAUCCCAAUUAUGUUUUAUGUCGAAUAAGGAAGAAUCAAAGGGCUAAAAGAAAAUUAGAAACUGAAAGUGAGCUGAAACAAUCAAACAAGAAAAGAAUGAAGGUACGUGAGAUCUCUAAUAAUGAAAGACCAAAAGCAAAAACAAAAACAAAGAAAAGAUGUGACGAGUUACAACCAAUAGAUCAAAGAGCAAUAAUAUGUGAGACAAUCUACAACUCGGAUAUCAGACAUGAUGUGAAUACUCAUCAAGAUAUUACUGUUGUGGAUCAUGUGCCAAAUAUGACCACUAAUCAAGAUAACAUAAAUGAAAACACUAGUUUGGGUACCAAAGAAUACGUACCUUGCAUGUCCACUGACAACGAAUUGAGAGAUGAGUUCAACAAUGUUGACUUUUCUACUUAUUUUCAAAACAACUUCAACGAGACAUCAUGUACUUUCAAAGUUUGA